AUGGACGUUGUCCUUGAACAAGGUGCUCUACAAGGACUUCAAAAUAAAACACUUUUGUCGAACACGCCUUAUGUCAGUUUUCUCGGCAUACCCUACGCUAAACCACCCGUUGGCGACUUAAGAUUCAAGGCUCCAGUUAAACACCCGGGAUGGUCCGGCGUUUUAGAAGCUAUUUCGGAAGGAGACAAAUGCAUGCAGUUCGCUAUCAUGAAGAACCACAUCAUCGGAAGCGAAGAUUGUCUGUACCUGAACGUAUUGGUGCCACAGAACGAACUGAAUGAAAAACUUGCUGUUAUGAUAUUCAUACACGGGGGCGCCUUCAAUUAUGGCUGUGGAUCAGUAAAUGAAUACUCCCCUGAUUAUUUGCUCGAUGAAAACGUGAUUGUCGUUACACUGAAUUAUCGUCUGAACGCCCUAGGAUUUCUAAACUUGGAUAUUGACGAGUGUCCUGGUAACAUGGGCUUGAAAGAUCAACUAUUUGCAAUCAAAUGGAUAAAAGAAAAUAUAGCUGCGUUUGGGGGUGACGCUGACAAUAUCACUAUCUUCGGUGAAAGCGCUGGGUCAGCGUGUGUUCAUUAUCACACGAUGUCACCACAAUCAACAGGUUUAUUUCAAAAAGCAAUUAUGCAAAGUGGAUGUGCAUUCAAUAUAUGGGCGUUAAAUGAAAAUCACAGAGUUGUGGCCUUUAAGUUGGCCAAUAAUUUAGGUUGUUUAAGUAAUGAUCCCGAGGAAAUAGUAAAAUACUUAAAAAACGUACCUGCCAUUGAUUUGGUGAAGGAAUCUAUAUUCAAGGAUGAAACAGAUUAUCUGGAAUACAAGUUCGCACCAACAAUUGAAAGUGUCAAGGUCAGUUAUCCAUUUUUACCGGCUCAUCCUGAACAAUUAGUCAACGAUAGAUCUCCAAUACCCGUAAUUAUUGGACUUAACAAUAUGGAAGGAAUGAUAGCAUUAACUGAGUACAGAUUAAAUCAAUUGUCUGAUGAUCGCGUAACAGAUGAAAUAUCAAAACUGUGUAAAAAUCGAUACAGCCCUGAAGUCAUAACUAAAAUAAAAGAUGUUUAUUUCAAUAAAUGUACUAUUGAAUCUGACACAACAAAAUUGGAACACAUAUGUCACCUGCACAGUGACGUGUUAUUUCUCAAAGACUUCUAUCGCGGCUUCGAUAAUUUCCUGAAACAAGACGUCGCACCUGUUUACAAAUACGAAUUUAAAUUCGACGGUGAACUUAACUCUGUCAAAAACAUGGUUUUUGCUAAGAGACCCGUUCUUCGGCACACCAUAAAAGGUGCAUGCCAUGCUGACGAUGUUAAUUAUUUGUUCCAUAGUAAACUAUCUGGGGUCGUUCCAAAACCCAACUCUCCGGAACUCGAAAUGUGUAAGAUGAUGGGUAAGAUGUGGUCCAAUUUCGCGAAAUCUGGUGAUCCAAAUUCGUCAGAUUUAAGUUUCAAAUGGGUUAACACGAGCGCAAGUGAUCCAAAAUACCUGUCAAUAGAUGGAGACAGGACACGGGUGGUCGAAGGAAUGAUAAACAGCAACAGAUUACGUUUUUGGCAAGAGAUAUCGGAAUCCGUUGUUUAG